CUAAGUUUACUAGCUAACUAAACUAAACCAUAGACAAAAUAGAAUACUAAACUAAGAAAACUCAAUAACUCUACUCUAAAAUCUAGUGUAGGCUAUGUAAAUGUUAAUUUGUAGAGUGUCUGCCAAAUAACUUAAUAAAACAUUCAAAUUUCACCUAUCAACCAAACAUAAUGUGCAAAGUUAUUCUCAAUUCUUAUUAGGCCUAGGGCUUAAUUCACUAUUUUUUUCACCCUACUAAGCUAACAUUAUAUCCACCAAAAGAUUUGAAAAGACCUUAUAAUAAGUUUUACGUUAUAUUUGUGUAAAAAAGCCCAAGUUUUUUAAAAACCUGUAAUGCAGCCUGAAGAUGCAAGAUAUAUUAAACGACGAGUGCGUUCAGGCUCAAUUGAUGUCCAUCCAACAGAGACAGCCCUUAUUGUCAAUUAUGAGUUGGAAGCGAUUAUUUUAGGGGAAUGUGGAGAACCAAUGGUCAGCGAGAAAAAGGAGUGUCAGAAGAUAAUACGACUCAAAAGGCUGGAUGCUGCAACUGACUGUGCAGCCUUGGCUAAGGAAGUCGUUCAAAAAUGUACUCUCAUUCAUCCUUCAAAAACUGCUGAAGUUGAACAUCUUAUUUAUUACUUGCAGAGCCGUAAAGACAAUGCUUUUACAGAGAGUAUGGAGAGUUGCAUGGAGAAGGACUCUGGUAGUGAGAGUCCCUCGCCAGCCCCCACCCCUAGUGGCCAGCCUGCUAGCUUCACUAUGAUAGAGAGCUACAUGGAGCUGCUGUACGAGGACUUACCUGACAAGACGAAGGGCUCGGCUCUCAUACUGGAAUUGGCUAAGGACCCAAAUAACCUUGAGGACUUGGCAAGCAGUGAAGCAGUUCUAAGCGCGCUCGCUCGAGUGUUGAGAGAAGAUUGGAAGAAAAAUUUGGAACUAAGCACCAACAUUGUGUACACGUUUUUCUGCUUCUCGACAUUCAGUCAGUUUCAUCCCAUAAUUCAACAGUACAAGGUGGGAUCCUUGUGUCUGGAGAUAAUCGAGUAUGAGUUGAAUCGCUAUGCACAACUACGCAAGGAGGUGGAGAGUCGAGGUAGUUCAGCUCCUCUUCCUGCGCCUGUGUCUCGGCUGCCGCUGCCUCGUAGUGCACGGCGACCUAUCAAACCUUCUGCGGACGACAAGAAAAAGAUUCCUAAAGAAAAAGUGGAAGAACCAGUUAUGAAUGUUAGGAAGCUGGCCACUCUGGCGAAGAAGCAAGAUCAGCUGCUUAGAGUUUGCUUUUAUCUACUGCUGAACUUGGCUGAAAAUAUGAAAGUUGAGGAUAAAAUGAGGAGAAGGAACCUAGUUGGUUUGCUUGUGACGUCGUUGGAAAGAAGCACCCAAGAACUGCUCGUCUUGGUCGCGUCGUUUCUACUCAAACUUUCUGUUUAUAAAGAAAACAAAGAUGAAAUGGCGAAUCUAAAUGUGAUUGAAAAGCUACCGAAACUGUUGCUGAUGAAGGACAAGAACCUUGAACUUGUCACUCUGAAUCUUCUCUUCAAUCUGUCUUUUGACUCCAACUUGAGGGAGAAGAUGGUUAGAGUUGGUUUCCUGCCAAAGUUGGUCAGCAUGCUGGGCGAUGAAGAGCAGCAAGUAAACGUUGUUGUGUUGAAACUUCUAUACCAUCUCAGUCUGGACGACAGAGUCAAAGCGAUGUUCGCCUACACUGAUUGCAUUCCUAAGGUGGUGGGAACAAUGGUGGGCCAGGAGCCGGGAGAAGAAGUUCACACACUUUCUGUUGCGCUAAUGGUGAACCUUGCGCUGCACGGACGCUGCGCUGCGCAACUACUGGAGGGAAACAACCUGCAGUACCUGAUAGAGUGUGCGUUCCACCAUCAGAGCAGCAUCAUCGUCAAGAUAUUGCGCAAUGCUUCUGUGCACGACAACACCAAACAUCUCUUCAUUGACUUUGUGGGAGACUUGGCCAAUGUGGUGGCGACUCAGCCGAGCGACGACUUCACCUUGGAGUGUGUGGGACUGUUGGCCAACCUGACUCUGGCAGAACUAGACUACAGCACACUGCUACAACAGUACAACCUGGUGUCAUGGAUCACUAGACAACUAGUGCCUGGCAACACACCUGAUGAUCUGGUGUUAGAGGUGAUUAUGCUGGUGUCCACAGCUGCCUUGGAUGAGUCAUGUGCAUCUCUGCUGUGUAAGGCAGACAUACUGCUAGGUCUCAUAGAGCUGCUUAAAGCUAAGCAAGAAGAUGAUGAGAUCGUCUUACAGAUUGUUUACGUGUUUUACCAAAUCGCCCGACAUGCUACUACUAGAGACUACUUGAUUAGAGAGACGGAAGCCCCGGCAUAUUUGAUCGACUUGAUGCACGACAAGAACGAAAACAUCAGAAAAGUGUGUGACGCUUGCUUGGAAAUUAUCAAGGAAUGUGAUGAGGUGUGGGCAGAGAAGAUCAAGACGGAACAGUUUGAAUGGCACAACUCUCACUGGCUGUCUAUGGUAGACAACAAGGCUCUAGACUCUGUGUUGGGAGACGACAGUGAUAUACUGCCUCACUACGAUUUGCUGCAACAGUCUUUGCUGCUACGAACUGGCUCUCAGUCGUCUCUCAACGGUGAUGAUAUAGAAAUAGUUUCAAACCAUCCACAAUCCGAUGAAGGCAGUAGACCCAUCAGUGGAUACGCGUCGUCAGAGCUAGACGAUGUUCUGUUGAAGAGGACCAGAGAAGAGAGUCAGGAAGAUGUUCUCAACAAUGCUCUACGUAACUUGGUCAUAUCUGAAGACAAUAUGGACGACGACGCCAAGUACUUUCACAUACAACAAAGUAGUUAAGUCUGGGGAUUGAACCACGAUAUCACAUUGAGUGAAACUCAAUGUUUAGGAACUUAAAAUGUAUAUCUCUAAAGAGUACUUUAAACUCGCUGGUUUGCUUUACAUUAUAUCAAUAUUUAAAUGAAAUGACUGUCAAAAAUGCUGUCUCAAACGAUAAAGUCAAUGAGAAUUAUUUUUGAACGAUUUAAGCUAUUUUAUUAGUUGAAUUUAUGAUAGAAGCGCAACGUAUUUGGAAAGUAAAAUGAAAUUUAUACAUUCACAUUCCAUAUUACAAAAGACUUGUGCCAUAAGAAUGUGGCAAUCACGAGAUUUUGUGUUGAUUAACACAUUUUGAUCUGAGGCUACUCGCUGUAUUUUUUAUUACAUUUUUUGAGCUUUUUGUACUUUUUUUGAGAUUAUUAAUUUUUUACACAUACUUUAUUGUGCACUUCAAAUAAUUUUGUUUUAAAACAAAUAAAUGAAGUAGUGUACGAACCUCGUAGUUUAUCAUUUUGUGAUAUAGUUACUGUUGUAUCUAGUCAUUAAAAGAGUUAACUUUAUUUUUCAAGUUUCUCUAGAUAUUUAUCGUUUUGUUUGCUUUUUUAAUAAAUCUAUUUGAUCUCC